CUGAAUGAAAUCUGAACUAAUCUUUCUUUAGCUCUGUUCCAAGGAAUUGCAUAAAUUUUUGUAGAUUUUUAAAACAAGUAUUUCACUAAAAUCUUGCAAUUCAUCAAGAGGAAAAAUAAAUAGUUGUUGUUACAAACAUGUAUUCCCCAGUGCGCAGCCCUUCGUACUCUCAUCACGAGCUGACAACCCCACAUUGUUACUACCCACACCCACCUCCCCACCUCCCUUAUCAUCUCCAAUCGCAUCACCCCUGGAUUUACAAGUAUCCCGUGGAGGGGUCUCUUCGACCGUCCUACUCAAUUCAGAGUGGACUCUCGGAAGUUUUUCACACAAGAGAAAAGAUUACGAUCAAACUGGAUGUGCAAGACUAUUCCCCUGACGAACUCGUGGUGAAGACGGUGGACGAGCAUCUUUUGGUGGAAGGGAAGCAUGAGGAAAAGGCGGAUGAGCAUGGUUACAUAACACGAUCGUUUAAACGGCGCUAUGUCCUCCCACCAGAAGUUGAUAAGGACGAUGUCCAAGUGGAGUGCGAAAUAGGAUUGGAUGGCGUUUUGAGAAUAUCUGUGCCAAAAAAGUUGUCCGUUACCACUGGGAAUGAAAAGGUUCAUGCGAUCAAAAAGGUGGACAAUAGUAGCGUGGUAACAAAGCCAACACAGUAGUUUGACAUAAGAUAGCAAGUGUUAUUAAACUAGUAAAAAUUAUGGAGGAUAUAUUACAUAGAUGUAUUUAGAUAAUUUGUAACCAAUUGGUUCCCGAAAUGAGAAUAAAUAUUAAACACUAAAGCUAUGAGAAUUAA